AUGGUCUCUGCACUUUUUUACCUCAGACUCUUAGUUCCUGAGUUAUUUGAAUUCAAAGUCAAUUUUACUUCCUGUGGAUUUAUUAUCAUUAUAAUUAUUAUUAUUAUUAUUAUUAUUAUUAUUAUUAUUUAUUUUUUUUGAAGUGCGGGAAAACGUGUUAAGUGACUGGAUAGUAUAUAUAAAUACAUUUUAAUAAGUAAAAGUAUUAGAUGAUUUUAAAAAUUCACUCUAAGCGCGUCUGGAAUUUAUUUUUCAUUUUUGUCAAAAAAAAAAAUUAAAUAAAAACAAUAAUGAAAAUUAAUUACUUAUUAAUUAUAAUUAUCAUAAGUGUGUUAAGUGUAAGUGAUACUAAAGUUGUAAAUAAAUUAAAAACUUUUAUCGAUCUCGUAGAAGAAAGUGGAUAUGUAGGUGAGGAACACAAAGUGAAAACAGAGGACGGGUAUGAUUUGAUAGUGCACAGAAUCUCUGGCGGGCCUUUGAGUCCAGUUAGAUUUGGAAAACCAGUUAUUUUAUUACUCCAUGGGCUUAUGGGCGCAUCUGACGUGUGGGUCUUACGUGGACCUGCUCAAGAUAUUGCAUAUUUACUAGUCGACCAAGACUACGACGUCUGGGCAAUAAAUGUACGUGGUAAUUACUACUCUACAUUACACACGAACAUUACCGAAAAUUCUACCUACUGGAACUUUAGUUGGCAUGAAAAUGGAAUGUACGAUGUACCAGCAACGAUAAAUUAUAUAUUGUCAUUAACAAACCAAAGCAAAUUGUCGUUAAUCGGACACUCGAUGGGUGGAACUGAAAUUCUCGUUUUAUUAUCAACGAGGCCUGAAUUUAAUAAUAAAGUUAAUAUUGCAAUAACAUGGGCACCUGCUGCAACAGUUACUCAUGACAUACCCGGUUUUUUUCCAAAUUUUUUGUUUCAACAUGCCAAUGAAGUGACAAAUUUAUUUAAUGAAUAUAAUUUAUAUCAAUUAUUGCCACGAGUUACUACUAGAAGAUCAAAUUUAUUAAAUAUAUUAUUUAAUUUAUGUUGGAAAUUAAAUAUUAAAUCAUUUUGUUUUAAAUUAAUUGAUUAUACUCUAGGAUUUCGGAAUCUUGAUGAUUUAGAACUUUCGUCAAUAUUACGUAUAAAAGAUCAUUAUCCACAAGGAACUUCACUAAAAACAUUUUUACACUACGGACAAAUAUUUGCCAGUCGCAGAUUUCAACAGUAUGAUUACGGAAAGAUGGUUAAUUUGAUAAAGUACAAUGAUAUCAAACCACCGGAAUAUUUAUUGAGUAGAAUAACGACGCCAGUUAUUAUUUAUUAUGCUCGCGAUGAUCGAUUAGUCACUAAAGAGGAUGUCGAUUUAUUGUUGAAAAAAAUUCCAACUGCAAUUGCCAAAGAAGUACCGAGCGACGAUUUUGGACACCUCGAUUUUAUUAUUUCAAAAAAUACCAAAUCAUUAAUUUAUGACAGGGUAAUAGAGGAUUUAUAUUCUUAUAGAAAUUAUUAUUAUUUAACAAAUAAUGUAAAAUAAUUGUUAUAGAAAAUA